AUGCGAUAUCGCAACUUCGACUGUCAGUCCAUUGACGAGUAUGCCUACGUCGGGAAGCGCAACAAUAAUGACGCGCAAGCCCUGCUCACUUCGUACAUGAAGCAGAUCACGCAAAACCAAGACUUCAUUCGGGCCACACUGCAGCAAUAUUGCGAUGCACUACUUGAUUGGUGGCGAACACGACGUCCCAGCGGUAGAAAGGCCUUCCUGGAGCAGGUAGUACCGCAGCUGCCGAAGACGAAAGAGACACAGGUCGACUAUCAGGGCAAGCGGCAUACCCCGGAAUACAAUGACUUCUCCGACCUUGAAAAGUUAUCGGAGCUUAAGCAAGCUGAUAGAAAGAUCAACCGCCAUGCAUUCCUACUACCCUAUCUCAACAUAGAUACACUCGCGAAAGAAUCGUUUACGCUACUCGCCCUCUUGCAUACCAGGGCCAAUGCACGACUAGAAGACUGGGCCGCUUUUGACAAUGACCAGUUGAUAGUCAACUGGAAGUGUCCAUUCUACGAUGUUGAGUUCAAUCCAGGGUGCGUUGUUCUCUAUGGAGCAGACUAUGGGGAGCUCAAGAAGUGGAACAAAGAAUUAGUACACAGGGGCGAUCACCUCGGCUUUCCACGUGCGCAGGUCCUCCUAGAAGCACAGGCGACGCUGAUGGCGACAUUGAGACGCAUCUUGGAAAACGCAAUCGAACGCAUUCCUCAAAGCCCUUUCACUGUCCGUGACUCGUUCGUCGAGUUUGUGUCCGCAGGUCGUCUAUCGAGCCAGAGUAGCACCGCAUGGUCUAGCUACGUUCAUCAACCGACUUCAGACCCUCCAAGACUCGAUCUUCACGCCCAGAUCUCCGACGUGCAAACUCGUAUCGAGGACAUAGGUGAUCAGCUCUGGCUCCUCCAGACAGAACCAGUCUAUCUUCGCCGGUAUCUACGUGUGAUUGGCCAGACGUCCGCUACCCACGCGUUCAAGAGCUCCGAUUGGCCUACUGAACUUCUUCUUCUGGAGAUCAAAGCUCUGUUGGAGUCAUACUGGUUCUGGCAAGGCGUUCUUGUCGAGCUAGAACAUACGAAGGGCAUCUACGAUAGCUUUCGGGAUGAGAUUAGACCAGGCUCUGCGCUGCCGACCCGCGUAGAAACCGCACUCGGGGCGCUGGAAGCCUUGUUGGAACAAGGCAUUGAUGUACGCGGAAGACAGCUUCGUUGUCUCGUUCAGGAUCGUCCCGCCUUUUCCGGAAUGUACAAUGGUGUCAGCGACGAAGCCACCAAGUCGCGUUUCUCUGAACUCAGGGAAGUAUCCGGUAAGCCCGAGCCAGCUACCGAACACAAGACCCAUCGUCUUUGGUGGUGCUUGGGCAAUCUGCUCGGCACGUACGAUACGAUCGGCCGCCUACCAUACCCACUACUCUUUGGGAUCCUCGAUGACCACCUCGGCGCUGCUGGCGCAGGCGAGCGUAAGAAGAUGGAUGAGAUAUUGUACGAGCGGUUCUCUGAUUUCGCCACAAUGAUAAAGCUCUUUGAGGCACUUCGCUUGCAUCGUCCUACCUACGCGAGGCGUGACUCAGAGAUCUGCAAGACCACGGAAGACCGCCUCGGAUGGAGACGUGUUCGCUUAGCCAAGUAUAGCCUUUGGUCAGAUCGCAGCGUCUUACGUACUCUGAAGGCUCUCCAGAACACGAAGCCCCCAGCGGGUGGUAAAGGUGCCAAGUGGCUACAGGCAUUUGAUGCUGAUCAUGCUGCGCUCCAAGCGUUCUGGCGAUCAUUACUUGUUGACCACCGAAACUGGCAUGGGCGCCGUAGCUUCAACAUUGAAGACACUACAUACUAUCUCAAAGCGUUGCAGUUCUGGGAGAGUGAGGACUACCGCAAGCAGCUUGAAGUCAAGCGUCAGUCUGUUCUCUCGGCUAUCGAGAAGCGCGUCGACGUAGGCGAUGCUAUUGCCUUCCUUCCCCUACCUACCUCGACGAUCGCCAUCCCUGCAUCUUCCACUCAGAACAUCAAAGAAAAGAUCAAGACACGGGGCAUAACGCAUGCCAAUGACGAGCUGCCAGAAGCAAAGGAUGAGACCGCCACGAACAAACAGCCACAGCAAAUCACGGUACCGAAGCGUGCGCUCUCCAUGUUCCGUAGCAUGUUUCCCGACACUUUACAAGAGCGCUCUGCCGAGAUCGCCUGGGAUGCGUUUGUGCUCAGUAUGACUGACGCUGGCUUCUCUUCUCGCAACGGUGGUGGCUCGAUUGUGAUCUUCGAGGAGAAAGCCGGCCCUGGUAAAAUCAUCUUUCAUCGCCCGCAUCCGUCGCCGAAGAUCGAUCCCAUCAUGUUCCAGGGUAUGGGUCGGCGUAUGAACAAGCACUUUGGCUGGAGCAGGGAGACAUUUGCUCUGGUCGCCAAGGCUGGCAAGGCGGGAGGAUAG